GGUCUGAAUCCCAGCACAGGCCCGGAAGUUGUUUGGGAUUUCAGGUAAAGAUCCCGGAGAUGCUGCCUUCGCUGGAGAAAACAAAUAGUGCUCCUGUUAUAUAAAUACAGCAACCAGAGUCGAUCGCCAGGCAGCUGGUGUGAGAAUGAAUGCUGACGAUUGCAAUGGCCGUUCUUACAUGUCAGGCAGCGGAGACUCUUCAACAGAAAGGGAGUUUUUCGCAGGGCUAAGGGGACCCACCGUGAGCACUCCCAACAGUCAGCACUCCUCUCCCAGUCGCUCCGUCAGUGCAAAUUCCAUCAAAGUGGAGCUCUACAGCGAUGAAGAAGCAGGUAGUGCCCCACUUGCAGAGAGAGGAGGAGGAGGAGAAAGGGAUGAAGGAUGGAAGCAGGAUAAGGGGGACAUUGCGGAGGAGGUUGGUGGAGAGGUUGGAGGAGAUGCGGGUGGAGGAAUGCUCAGUCAAGGAGGGAGCAGUUCCCCUGGACCUAUUCGGCUCCCUAAUGGGAAAUUAAAGUGCGAUAUAUGUGGGAUGAUCUGCAUUGGCCCUAAUGUUCUGAUGGUACAUAAACGCAGCCAUACAGGUGAGCGGCCAUUCCAGUGUAACCAGUGUGGUGCGUCCUUCACACAGAAGGGCAACCUGCUGCGCCACAUCAAGCUCCACUCUGGUGAAAAGCCCUUCAAAUGUCCCUUUUGUAACUAUGCCUGCCGCCGCCGUGAUGCACUCACAGGACACCUCCGCACACACUCCGUUUCUUCUCCAACUGUGGGAAAGCCCUAUAAGUGCAGUUACUGUGGUCGCAGCUACAAGCAGCAGAGCACACUGGAGGAGCAUCGCGAGCGGUGCCACAGCUACCUUCAGAGUCUGGACCACCAGCCUGCCCACAGUACGCAGUCUGCACAGGGUGAGGAUUGUCGUAACAUGGAUGUGAUGGCUGAUCCUCUGAUCCAGCCCUUGUCAGAAAAGAUGACUUUCAUUGAACGGGUGGCUAACAGCAUCACUAAAAGGAAGCGCUCCACACCUCAAAAGUUUCUGGGAGAAAAGCACAUGCGCCUGAACAUGUCCGAUGCACCUUAUGAAAUCAACUCCAGCCCGGAGAAAGAACGGGAUGCGAUGGGUUCUCAUGCUGGAAGUGACCCUGCUGCUUUAGCUGUUAUGGGAAGCCACUACCUCCGCACUCCAAGAGGUGGAAGCGAAGAGGUUGAGUCUCCUCGCUCCCUGCGCCUGCCUCCUACUCACCCGGCUUGUGUGUCCGAGUUUACCCCUGUCAUCAGCUCUGUCUAUAGCCACAUCACACCUUUGGGCCAGCGGCUGAACUGUGCAGGGGGAAUCAACAUGGUACUGCCAGGCCGAGAGGCAGGCGAGGGCCAUGAAGAUGUGCCCUCAGGUCGCAGCCACGGUGCCUCACCCAGUAAUGGCUGCCAGGACUCCACAGAUAACGAGAGCACGACAGAGGAGCAAGGCAUCGGCCCUGGUGCUGCUAACCAUCGAGGACGUGAGCGCCACAGUCCUAGUCACGCCAAAGAAACAGAAAAGGAAGGGGAGCGAGACAGACCGGGCUUGCUGGCUAAAGGGGGCCCUCGUUCUCCACCCUCGUCCAGUUUGGCCGUGCAGGUGGUGGACGGUGAGGGGCGGCCAGUACGCUCGUUCCGCUGUGAGCACUGUCGCAUCUUCUUCCUGGACCACGUCAUGUUCACCAUCCACAUGGGCUGCCAUGGCUUCCGACAGCCUUUCGAAUGCAACAUCUGCGGCCACCGCAGCCAGGACCGCUAUGAAUUCUCCUCGCACAUCGUCCGAGGAGAGCACCAAGUGGGCUGAACCACUUGGGAGUAGGGGUGGGAGGGUUGGCACGCAGGCAGGACGGGUAUUUCAAAGUGGGAAAGAAGAAGGUAAGGAGGGACAGACGCUGCUUUCAGAUGAUACGGAGUCCAGUUUGGUCUGCACCAGAUGAGGAGGGGGGACAUACUGAGCACUUGCUUUAAGUAUUAGUGAACAGAAGGCUUUCGAUUUUGAAGGCUAACUGGCAUAGGUGCACAGGGAGUAUUGCCUGUGCUUAAAGAAAUCAAAUUUAGAGGAGUUUGAUUAGAACCGUGGGACCGAAUCCCACUCUCUGUUUUAACUCCCAAAUCAAUCCAUUUGGCAAGACGCACCUGUUUUGCUUUAGAAGUGCCUUUCUUCAGUGGGGUUUACCUUUUCUGGGUUAGAUAGAGAAACCUGGUGCUCUAGCAUGCUGCAGCAGGAGGCAGGGGUCAGUGAAAUCUUGCUAGCAGCAUUUCUGUACUGCAUUUUAGAGGUUGUGAUGAGUGUGUGAGAUUGUGUGAGUGACCUGAAAGAGUGAAAUGAGAUCCACAGUUGUAGUAUAGUCUAAAGUGUACAGACUUUGUGUUUGGACUCCUUUUAUGGUAAUUUUAAAGUCUGUGGAAUUUAGAGGACUCAGGGAGGACACAAGGGACUGAAGGAAAGAACUAUGAAGUAGCAGCACCAACUGCAGGCCUCUAUGACUCAGAGAGAAAGGAGAUUUGUGUGUUAGCCAUAUAAACGGAGCACACACACACACAUUGCCUUAAGUAGUUGCUUUAUAUUAACCCUGCGUUAUUUCGUAGAAUUGAGUAUGCUGUUAAAUGUUGUGGUUUCAGAAGGCACCACAAAACAUGUCUUUAAACCUGAGACGGCACAGAGCUUAUUAGGUGGUUUUAAAAAUUAGGCCAGGUAUUAAACAGUGUGUGU